CUCCACAAAACCCAUUUUAAUGGCGGACGUUAAAAACCCUAAAAAAAAUCAUCAUGAUCGUCAUCAUCAUCUUCAUGCUCUCUUGAUCCCAUAUCCAUUUCAAGGUCAUGUAAACCCAUUUGUACACUUAGCCAUCAAGCUCGCAUCUCAAGGGAUCACCGUCACUUUCGUCAACACUCAUUACAUCCACCACCAGAUCACAAACGGCUCCGAUGGAGAUAUUUUCGCCGGAGUUAGGUCAGAGUCUGGCCUUGACAUAAGGUACGCGACGGUUUCCGAUGGUUUACCGGUCGGAUUUGACCGGUCUUUGAACCAUGACACGUACCAAUCGUCGUUGCUUCACGUGUUCUAUGCGCAUGUGGAAGAGCUUGUGGCGAGUCUUGUCGGAGGAGACGACGGUGUGAAUGUUAUGAUCGCCGACACAUUCUUUGUUUGGCCGUCGGUGGUGGCUAGGAAGUUUGGUUUGGUUUGUGUCUCGUUUUGGACCGAAGCUGCUUUAGUUUUUUCACUUUAUUACCAUAUGGAUCUGCUUCGGAUUCAUGGCCAUUUUGGUGCUCAAGAAACCCGCCGCGAUCUAAUCGACUACAUUCCCGGAGUCGCCGCAAUAAACCCAAAAGACACGGCGUCGUAUCUUCAAGAAACAGACACUUCCUCAGUAGUUCAUCAAAUCAUCUUCAAAGCAUUCGAAGACGUGAAAAAAGUCGAUUUCGUUCUCUGCAACACAAUACAACAAUUCGAAGACAAAACAAUCAAAGCCCUUAAUACAAAAAUCCCUUUUUACGCAAUCGGACCAAUCAUACCAUUCAAUAACCAAACCGGUUCUUCCUCUUCUUCAGUCACAACAUCACUUUGGUCUGAAUCAGAUUGCACACAAUGGCUCAACACUAAACCAAAAAGCUCAGUACUUUAUGUCUCCUUUGGUAGUUACGCUCAUGUCACAAAGAAAGAUCUUGUCGAAAUCGCUCACGGGAUUUUGUUGAGUAAAGUUAAUUUCGUUUGGGUGGUGAGACCAGACAUUGUUAGUUCAGACGAAACCAAUCCAUUACCAGAAGGUUUUGAGACAGAAGCUGGAGAUCGUGGGAUUGUAAUACCAUGGUGUUGUCAAAUGACGGUUUUGUCACAUGAGAGUGUUGGUGGGUUUUUGACUCAUUGUGGUUGGAAUUCGAUAUUGGAGACGAUUUGGUGUGAGGUUCCAGUUUUGUGUUUUCCAUUGUUGACUGAUCAGGUUACGAAUAGGAAGCUUGUGGUUGAUGAUUGGGAGAUUGGGAUUAAUCUUUGUGAAGAUAAGAGUGAUUUUGGGAGAGAUGAAGUUGGGAGGAAUAUUAACCGUUUGAUGUGUGGUGUUUCGAAGGAGAAGAUCGGACGGGUUAAAAUGAGUUUGGAAGGUGCGGUGAGAAACAGUGGAUCUUCUUCUGAGAUGAAUUUGGGUUUGUUUAUUGAUGGACUUUUGUCCAAGGUUGGUUUAUCAAAUGGGAAAGCUUAAAUUUCAAUAUCAAAAUUGUAUCAAUUUUUGUUUUGGGGAAAGUAUUAUACACUUUU